CGCAUUUCCGUGGAGAAGUGUUGGAGCGCCGUAGGACCCAGUCAUGGCAGGCUCAGGCAGCAGUCCACCGUGGAGCAGGUAUCUGUUCAAAGCCAUCCUGAUGGUCCUAGUGGCCCUCAUCCUCCUCCACUCAGCAUCGGCCCAGGCCCAUCGAGACUUUGCACCACCAGGCCAGCAGAAGAGGGAGGCCCCAGUUGAUCUCUUGACCCACAUAGGUCGGUCAGUGCGGGCAACACUGGAUGCCUGGAUUGGGCCAGAGACCAUGCACCUGGUGUCAGAGACCUCGUCCCAGGUGAUGUGGGCCAUCUCAUCAGCCAUCUCUGUGGCCUUCUUUGCUCUGUCUGGGAUCGCAGCACAGCUGCUGAAUGCCUUGGGGCUAGAUGGUGAUCACAUCACCGAGGACCUGAAGCUCAGCCCUGGCCAGGUCCAGACCUUCCUCCUGUGGGGAGCAGGGGCCCUGGUCAUCUACUGGCUGCUGUCCCUGCUCCUUGGCUUGGUCCUGGCCCUGCUGGGGAGGAUCCUUUGGGGCCUGAAGCUUGUCAUCUUCCUGGCCGGCUUUGUGGCCCUGGUGAGGUCGGUGCCCGACCCUUCCACCCGGGCCUUGCUGCUCCUGGCCUUACUGACCCUCUAUGCCUUGCUGAGCCGGCUCACUGGCACCCGGGCCUCGGGGGCCCAGCUGGAGGCCAAGGUGCGAGGGCUGGAACGCCAGGUGGAGGAGCUGCGCUGGCGGCAGAGGCGAGCAGCCAAGGGGCCCCGCAGCAUGGAGGAGGAAUGAGCAGAAUGCCCCAUGUGCCUUCGCCAUACCAAAGACCUGAGUUGCUUCAGGGCGCACAGCCCUCCUGCUGGGCCCCUGCCCUUUUGUUGCCCUGUCUCUGAACCUUCAGAACCUUGAUCCCUGCCUUGGUCCCCAGCUAACAGAGAGAGCGCCCAUUCCCACUGCUGGUCCUCAGGGCCCUGUCUUCUGAGGUUCUCGGUCUGGGGUUGGCUCUCUUAACCCUUUCUCUGUUCCUAGCCUGUCUUGGCCGGGGCAGGUUGGAGGAGCCUCCCCUCUGGUUUCUGCAUCUGCUCUCAGCAAACUCACUGCCAUCGGUCUCCCGUGACUUAACCGGCUCCCCUCUGCUGUGGCCAUAGCUUCCUCCUAAUGCUCUUGCUCUCCUGUCCUGUCCUGCUCCUCCGCUGAGUCCCCAGUUCCCUUCUUGUUUUUCUCUUCCCUCCAGCCCUGUACUCCCACCAAAUCACAGUCCUCAAAGAUGCUCCUGUCCUCUUCAUUGCUCCGCAGUGGGGAAGGGGAUGUGGGACCUGAGGAUAGUGGAGGGGGAACCCGGGUCCUCUCAGUCCUGUGGGGCUGGGGAGAAGGGUGCACCUUGAGUCCGUUACAAGUGCCUUAAUCGGAGCCGGCAGGGCCCUCUGCUUGCCCACUGCCAUACUGUAUGUAGGAAAGUGCACUGUGGCUGCUUUGUGUCAAGAAAACAGCAGUUGCUCUCAGAAUUUGAUUCCCCUUCAGCCAAAGCAAAAGAUGGCUGCUGCUUUGUAGGCUUGUGCCUGCAAGUAGGACCCGCAAUGGACAUCAGAUGCCCUGAGGGGCCUUCAGAGACCCUGAGGGAGGAAGAAGGACCUGCCUCCUUGUCUGCACAGCUGCAUGUGGUUCUCUGUCCCAUCCCUCCAUUCCCUGCCACCGAGGAGGAGUUGCUGAUCGGUGCCCACCCCAGCGGCCUGGGAAGAACACAGGCAGCCCCUUUCCCUUCGUGUGCUCUGCGGGGAGCAGGUUGCGCUGCCAGCUGUCCCCUCUCCACCAGCGCAGCCCUUCUUGGCAGUUAGAGGCCACUUCUUCCUUUUGAGGCUAUGAUGGAGGUGGGUGUCCUUCUCUGCCAGGCCCAGCACAUGGUGUGAAGAAUAAAUGCCCAAUUCUUACUGUUAAGAUUUGAUGUGGAAUCACAGCUGCAAUGAUAUAUUUUUUCAGCUCUUGGUUGGUUUUAAAUAAAGUGCACGCUAUUUUAUUAUCUUCUUCUGAAUAAAAUGUAUUUACUC